CUGAGUCAAAUGAAUGGCAGUAAGUAAAUGGUGACAAUAAAUUUUUAUCUAAAGAGAAAAUAGUCUGGCAGUAAAAAUUUGAUACAACAAAGCCGAAGAAAAUGGCGGGAUUAUCUUCAACAGUAAAAUAUCCGAUGAAAUUUCCAGUAAUGCCUGAUCGGCUUGAUAAUCUGCAACUCAUUCCGCCACCACCUUCUCGUUUUACUUUGAGCGAAUGGUAUCUGAACAAUACGGGUCGAUACCGUGCUGCUGAUGAUCAGCAGCAGCUGGCAGACCGAAUAUUGGAAGAGGGAUGCCGUAUGCGCGGUGAAACUGAAGAACUUGUGAAAACCAACAAGGAUGAAGUGGAUCACCGUAUAGAAGAGAAACUUAAAAACUUGCAGUACCGGCAACAUGAGUUAAACAAACAGAGAAAACAUCUAUGUGUGGAAAUAGAUGCCUUAGACACAUACAUGGAUCGAAUGUAUGAUUGCCUUGAUCAUCUCUGCAAAAAACUGACUGAAAACUGUAAAAAGUGUAUAAAUUUAAGAGAAGGUCGCCUAGGCAUUGACCUGGUAUUUGAUGAUGUGGACCGUGAAUUAACUAAGGAGUUUGAACUUCUGAAGGGGGUAGAGGCCAUGCUUACACGUAUGCAAGAACAAACAAAAGAACAAAUUCGCCAGCUGAAAGCUUCAAGACACCUCAUUGAUCGUGAACUACAUGAUUUGGAUGCAGCAAUCAAGAUAGAUGAAGCAAACAGGGAUUUGCGAGAGUCAAGCUUAAAUCUCAGCUUAUACCAGGGCAACCAGCUUCAUUCAUCGGAUAUUGUUCAAGCUGAAACUGACAUGUACUCCCAAAUGAACAUGGAACAAAGUGCAAAGAGAGUUAAUGACGCCCGAAUGCUCAAAUCCUACAUAGAUACUCUGCUCACCCAAUUGUAUGAAGAUUCUUGCCAGCAGGGAAAUGCAGUAAAUGAAUCAUUUCGACGGCGUAUUGAUGAAAUUAAAGAAGCAAAGACAAAGCUGGAACAACGCCACCAUGAGACAGCAAGACAAGCCAACGAGAUGACACGCAACAUCACAGCACUCCAAAAAGCCAUUCAAGAAAAAGAAGGAUUUAUGGCAUUGGCUCAUACUAGACUAGGAAAUCGUGCACAACGCUUACGAAUGGAGCUUUGCAGGGAUGAUGUUGAGACCAGUCUCAUCUCUGAGGUGAUGCAAAUUCAGGCUGCUGUGACUGAGUUACAAAAUCAACUAGCACAUGCUGAGGCAUCUUUGAGGUACCUCCUCAAAAUGCAGAUUCAACUGGAAGAAGAUAUCAAUGUUAAAACAAACUCUCUCAAAAUAGAUGAAGUUGAGUGUCUAACUGUCAGAGAUGCCAUGGACUACCACAAGUACUGAAAUACAUCACUCACACAGAGUGAAAAAAAAAAAAGCAGUGAUUGACAAAGAAAAAACUUUGAUAGAAACAAUUUAUUUCUUCGGUAUAAUAUAUUCUAGAAAAUUCUAGAGAUAGAAAUAUAGUAUAAGACACCAAAACAAUCACAACAAUAAUCAAGAAACAAUGAGGGAAGCCAUGAGAAAUUGUAAAAACAAGCCACUCCAAAGUCCUCUAAUUAAAAAAUAAUUAAAAAAAAAAAAAA